CAUUCAAUGUUGUUUGUUAUAUUUAUUGAUCUAGCGAAAGUUGUUUUUUUUCGUAAACGUGAAAAUAAAGUGUUGUUUUGUGUGUUUUCUCUGAAAUCGGAAAGAAAAUGGGCAACAUACACACCGUGGGUCCGAAUGAGGCGCUCAUAGUUUCAGGAGGAUGCUUCGGUUCUAUGACGAAGCGCACCAUCGUCGGUGGGUGGGCGUGGGCCUGGUGGCUCGUCACCGACGUCCAGAGGAUCUCACUUGAGGUGAUGACCCUCAACCCAAUGUGCGAGUACGUGGAAACAGCACAGGGAGUCCCGCUCACCGUCACCGGUGUGGCCCAAUGCAAAAUAAUGAACGAGGACGAACUUCUCACAACUGCCUGCGAGCAGUUCCUGGGCAAGUCCGUCAAAGAAAUCAAAAUGACCAUCCUGCAGACCUUGGAAGGACACCUGAGAGCCAUUCUCGGAACUCUUACAGUAGAAGAGGUGUACAAGGACAGAGAUCAGUUCGCGGGGCUUGUGCGGGAAGUUGCGGCACCGGACGUCGGUCGCAUGGGCAUCGAGAUUCUGUCGUUCACAAUCAAGGACGUGUAUGAUGAUGUACAGUAUCUGGCCAGCUUGGGCAAGGCGCAGACGGCGGUCGUCAAGAGAGACGCCGAUGUUGGUGUCGCUCAGGCGAACAGGGAUGCUGGGAUCAGGGAGGCGGAGUGCGAGAAGAGCGCGAUGGACGUGAAGUAUUCCAUGGACACGAGGAUCGAGGACAACACGCGCAUGUUCAAGCUGCAGAAGGCGCAGUUCGACCAGGAGGUCAACACUGCGAAAGCGGAAGCGGCACUGGCGUACGAGCUGCAGGCAGCUAAAAUAAAACAGAAAAUACGUAACGAAGAGAUACAGAUCGAAGUAGUGGAAAGACGCAAGCAGAUUGAGGUGGAACAGCAAGAGAUCUUGCGUCGUGAGGAGGAGCUGAAGGCGCUGGUGAGACUGCCCGCGGAGGCCGAGGCGUACCGUCUGCAGGCCAUUGCUGAAGGAAAACGGACUCAGACGGUAGAAGGCGCGAAGGCCGACGCGGAACGCAUCAAGGUGCUCGGUCUGGCCGAGGCGACAGCUAUAGGCGACGUGGGCAAGGCCGACGCCGAGCGCAUGCUGGCCAAGGCGAAGGUCUACAAGCAGUAUGGCGACGCUGCCAUCAUGGCGCUGGUGCUGGAGGCUCUGCCUAAGAUCGCAGCAGAAGUAUCAGCACCCCUAGCUAAGACGGACGAGAUAGUGUUAGUUGGAGACAACGGGGCAACCGGUGAGGUGGCUCGCCUUGCCGGGGGUAUCCCUCCAGCUUUGAAGACCCUCACCGGCCUAGACUUGACGCAGGUGUUGAAGCGGCUCCAUCCCAACGGCACCGGUCAGUAAUGUAGCUAGCCAUGCCGUAGUGUUGAGAUCCCUCAAUGUCAGCGGGCACCAGUAAAAAGAAGACGCCUGAAGUUGCAGCAUGCUAAGAACCAAUCAGAGGGAGCCAACAGUCGUGCCGCACAUACCAUCGACCAAUGGCAACGCCGCACGGCAGAACAAUGGAAACAGUGCCAUAAGUUACCGCGUCAAACACCACAAUAUCAUGGUACAAUUUAUACCUGUGUAA